AUGCACUGGUCAAGGUUACUUGUUUUCCUGGCAGUGCUGCUGGUGGGAAAUGCCACCACGGUCAAAGAGGGUGGUAUCGGUGCUUGUAAACCAUCUCUAGAACCUAGGCCAGGGUUUGACAUCGAAAUUUUCAGUCUCCCAAUCACAGGAUCCACUACGGGCCAAUGUUACGAUCACAGCUAUGAUUCUGACAGUUAUUUGCAUGGCGGAUACCGUACUCAUUCGUAUGGAAAGCAGGCUUCUAGCUCAAAUGUCACCAAUCUUUACUACUCUUAUAAAAAGGGAUCAAAAGGUUCGUGCGCUGUCACGAGCGGAAACCUACCUUCCUACUACAACCUGGAUGAAUCAAUAACCCUCACUAAUUUCUCCAUGUUAGCUACCGGGUACUUCACCGCAAAGCAGACAGGGCGCUACUCAUUCAACUUCAGAUACAUCGAUGACGUUGCCUGGGUUAAUCUAGGCGCUGGCAAUGCCUUUAACUGUUGUGAUAAAGCAAAUUCGGUGGAUGACCCAGGUUCUUUCCUGCUUACAACUAAAUGGCCUGACACAAGUAGUUCGGUUACUGCUGAUUUGAUCGCUGGCUACUCGUAUCCUAUGAGAUUUUUCUACGCUCAAAGAAAUGGGGACGGUGGACUUAAUUUUACGUUUACCGAUCCAUCUGGAGUUGAAACCUCUGACUGGACUUCAUGGGUCUAUAAUUACGAUGACGGCGAUCGGUGUGACAUCGAGCCCGACCACGCUACAACGAUAUGGACCGGAAGUUCGACGUCGACUGCAACUGUUCUGUCCACGUAUACGAAUUCUGAUGGUAAAUCUACAACCAACAAUGUCGAGGUAGUUUACACUCCCACGACAUACAUUUCUAACUCGACUGAGGAAGCUCCAUAUUCUGGGCCUUCUACAACCACUUAUUCCACGACUGAGCUCACCACUACAGGUACGGACGGCUAUCGAACAGUUGAGACUGUGUACUACGUUCAUACUCCACUAGGCCUAACCACGGCUUACACACCAUGGACUGGAAAUUACACUAGCACUUACUCAACGGGCCUUACUUCAUACACAGGAUCGAACGGACAAGUGAGCUCUGAGACAGUCUAUUACGUGGAGACACCAACGCGUCUUUCCACGACUUAUACGAGUUGGACUGGAGAUUACACGUCGACAUACUCAACUACUGUUUCGACCUACACAGGUACAGACGGUAUUCCAACAACCGAGACUCUAUACUACGUCGAGACCCCUGAGAACAAGGUCGCGUCGACGACCUACACAGCAUGGACUGGCAACUUCACCUCCACUUUCUCCACCGAUGUGAGCACAUCUACUGGUUCCGAUGGUAUGCCAACCACCGAGACUCUGUACUACGUCGAGACCCCUGAGAACAAGGUCGUGUCGACGAGCUACACAGCAUGGACUGGUAACUUCACCUCCACUUUCUCCACGGAUGUGAGCACAUCUACUGGUUCCGACGGUAUGCCAACCACCGAGACUCUGUACUACGUCGAGACCCCUGAGAACAAGGUCGCGUCGACGACCUACACAGCAUGGACUGGCAACUUCACCUCCACUUUCUCUACUGGUGUGAGCACAUCUACUGGUUCCGACGGUAUGCCAACCACCGAGACUCUGUAUUACGUCGAGACCCCUGAGAACAAGGUCGCGUCGACGACCUACACA